AUGGCCUUGACACCUGUGGAGAGCUUCGUGACCAAGCAGUUGGAACUGCUGGAGCUCGAGAGAGACGCGGAGGUCGAGGAGCGCAGAUCCUGGCAAGAAAAUGUCUCUCUGAAGGAACUCCAGAGCCGAGGUGUCUGUUUGCUGAAGCUGCAGGUAUCCAGCCAGCGGACCGGGCUGUACGGACGGCUGCUCGUCACUUUCGAGCCCAGGAGAUGCGUAUCUGCCGCUGUACUUCCCAGUAACAGCUUUACUUCCGGUGACAUUGUGGGUCUGUAUGACGAAGGCGGUCAGCUGGCCACUGGGAUCCUAACCCGCAUCACCCAGAAAGCGGUCACCGUGGCCUUUGACGAGUCCCACGAUUCCCAGCUGAGUUUGGACCAAGAGCAUUCCUACAGACUGUUGAAGCUUGCCAACGACGUGACUUAUAAGCGACUAAAAAAAGCUCUGACUUCCCUAAAGAAGUAUCACUCUGGCCCUGCGUCCUCUCUCAUAGAGGUCCUCUUCGGCGCAUCGGACCUCAGUCCUCCCAGCGAGAUGCCCCCGCUGACCUUCUGCAACCCCGCCCUGGACGCCUCCCAGCAGGAAGCGGUCCUGUUCGCGCUGUCCCAGAAGGAACUCGCCAUCAUCCAUGGGCCCCCGGGAACGGGGAAGACCACCACCGUGGUGGAGAUCAUCCUUCAAGCUGUGAAACAGGGCUCAAAGGUUCUGUGCUGCGCGCCCUCUAACAUCGCUGUGGACAAUCUCGUGGAGCGGCUGGCCCAGCGGAAGCAGAGGCUUCUCCGCCUCGGCCACCCGGCGCGCCUCCUCGACUCCAUCCAGCAGCACUCACUGGAUGCGGUCUUAGCGCGGAGCGACAGCGCCCGGAUCGUGGCCGACAUCAGGAGGGACAUUGACCAGGCCUGGGUGAAAAACAGGAAGACCCAGGAUAAGAGAGAAAAGAGUAAUUUUCGAGAUGAAAUCAAGCUGUUGCGGAAGGAACUGAAGGACAGGGAGGAGGCAGCAAUGCUGGAGAGCCUGGCGGCAGCCAGUGUCAUCCUCUCAACAAACACAGGCGCCUCUGCGGACGGCCCGCUGAAGCUGCUGCCCGAUGGCCACUUCGAUGUGGUGGUCAUCGACGAGUGUGCCCAGGCCCUGGAAGCCAGCUGCUGGAUACCCCUGCUGAAGGCCCGGAAGUGCGUCCUGGCUGGGGACCACAAGCAGCUGCCGCCCACCAUCGUCUCCCACAAGGCUGCGCUGGCAGGGCUGUCGCUCAGCCUGAUGGAGCGCCUGGCGGAGCAGCACGGGGCCGGGGCUGUGCGGAUGCUGACGGUGCAGUAUCGCAUGCACCAGGCCAUCGCGCGCUGGGCCUCAGAGGCUCUGUACCACGGUCAGCUCACCGCUCACCCUUCUGUGGCCGGGCACCUCCUGAGGGACCUCCCAGGCGUGGCGGCCACCGAGGAGACAGGCCUGCCCCUGCUGCUGGUGGACACGGCCGGCUGCGGGCUGCUGGAGCUGGAGGAGGAGGACGAGCAGUCCAAAGGGAACCCCGGUGAAGUGCGCCUUGUCAGCCUGCACGUCCAGGCGCUGGUAGACGCGGGUGUCCGGGCCGCCGACAUCGCCGUCAUCACGCCGUACAACCUGCAGGUGGACCUGCUCAGACAGAGCCUCGCGCACAGGCAUCCGGAGCUUGAGAUAAGGUCCGUUGACGGCUUCCAGGGCCGGGAGAAGGAGGCUGUGAUCCUGUCCUUCGUCAGAUCCAACAGGAAAGGUGAGGUGGGCUUCCUUGCCGAGGACCGGCGCGUCAACGUGGCGGUCACCCGUGCACGGCGCCACGUGGCCGUGGUCUGCGACUCCCGCACUGUCAGCAACCACGCCUUCCUGAAGGCCCUGGUGGACUACCUCACAGAACACGGGGAGGUGCGCACGGCCUUUGAGUAUCUCCAUGACAUCGUCCCUGAGAACUACUCCCACGAGGGCGCCCAGGCAGGCGGGAAGCCCCGGGGCUCUGCUGCGACGGGCAGGAGGGCCCCUGGGGGGACCGGGCCGGGCCGGAAGAAGCUCAGCGGAACGCCCUUGGGCUCCUCUGAGGCGCAGCCUCAGCCCAGCCUGGACGGAGGCGGCCGGGAAGGCGCCGGGAGCACAGAUGGCGCAGACGGCUUCAGGGCUGCGAUCACGGAAUUCGUGGCGAGCGAGAAGACGCAGCUGGAGUUCCCUGCCUCCCUGAACUCGCACGACAGGCUGCGGGUCCACCAGAUCGCCGAGGAGUUCGGGCUGAGGCAUGACAGCACCGGGAAGGGGAGGGAGCGCUUCGUCACGGUGAGCAAGAGGGUCCCGCCUGCCCCCGCAGCUCUGGCACCCCCUGCGGGGCCCGGCGGCAGAGCCCCUCUGUGUCCCGAGACCCCCAGCUCCAAGCAGCCGGAGCCCCCCAUCGGGGAGCCGAGCAGCCAGGACCAGCUGGACCUGAAGGCGCUGCACCUGGAGAGACUGCAGAGGGCGGGGGCCAGGGAGGGGCCCCGUGCCCCGGGCCCUGCACCCCGGAAGUUACCGGAAAAGAAGAAGAAGAAAGACGCGAGAGGACCCGCGGCCAUGGAGCUGCCUGCCGAGGAGGACUUUGACGCCCUGGUCUCCGCCGCCAUCAGGGCGGACAACACCUGCGGCUUCGCCAAGUGCACAGCCAGCGUCGUGACCCUGGGCCAGCUCUGCCCUCACUGUGGCCACCGCUACUGCCUCGGCCACCACCUGCCCGAGGUCCACGGUUGUGGGGAGAGGGCUCGCGCCCAUGCUCGGCAGAGGAUCAGCCGGGAAGGGGUCCUCUACCCCGGCAGUGGGACCAAGGACAGGUCCCUGGACCCCGCCAAGCGGGCCCAGCUGCAGAGGAAGCUGGACAAGAAGCUGGACGAACUGACCGGCCAGAGGCGGAGCAAGAGGAAGGAGAAGGGGAAGUGA